UGUCGAGAGACGACUUGUACAAAGAAAGAUGCCCCGCUGCGACGCGGUGUUAGAUUACGCCAGCUCCGCCGCUCCGCCGCUAUCCACCGCAUGACGUUGACGGCACGAGCUCGACAUUUGGUCCCAGCACCAUUGCGAACUUGAUGCCGGCACACGACACUCGUCACGUUCACUCCCCCAUGCACGCUCACCCACCCAUGCACAUGCACAUGCACAUGCACUCCCUGUAGCCAUCAUCACCACCAUGUCCAAGCCAAGACCGGGGAACCUGCAUACCUCCCGCUCCUUUACCCGCCUCGACUCGACCCCCAAGACCUCCCUGGCCCCACGGAACAGAGCCAACACGCUGCAGGGCCCCAAUGCACCCAACAUGCUGGACCCUCUCAAGACGGAUGUCGUGCAUGAGGAGGAUGAGAGUGUAGAUGUCUUCUCCAAGAAGGAGGACGAGGAGCAGCAGCCUGCAGUGCCCGAUGCUUUCGAGGAGCUGCCCAUUGAGAUUCGAAGCUUGACAGAGAGAUUCCUCGAAUCUCUCUCCGCCAAAGUCCAUCCCAGCCCGCUCUCCGCCGAUGCCCUCUCCGAUCUCUUCCAAGACUUCUACAUCCGCGCCUCGUCCAAGAUCAACACGCACAUAGCCACCCUGUCCGCGCGACUGACCAGCGAGGCCUUCGUUUCCAACAAGGGAUCCGCCCCCUCGAGCAAACCGGGCUCCAUACGCGCGGGCGUCGAUCAUUCAGCAGAACAGCAGAUGCUCAGUGCGACCGAAAUGUCGGAUCGCAAGAAGGCGAGAAAGUCACUGGAAGCGAAGCGGUUCGCACUGGAGGAAGCAGUGGAAAGAGCGGUAUGUGAGAAGGUCUACCAGAGGAUAUGGCGCCAUCGCAGCACCGACGACGAAGAGAGGGACCACAAGCUCAGAUCACGGACGGCAGCCUUGUCGCUUGUUGGCAUAGGCCUCAAAGAGCUCUUGAUGACUGGGGAGGAGUUGACGGAGGAGGAGCGUCGCAAGGCAAAGGAGAAGGAGCCUGAGAUACGAGAGUGGCUGUCCACUGCUCGCCAGGAUAUUCUGAAAAUGAACGACGAGAAACACCCCCUUGGAAAGGUCCAGCACCUCACCGCCGCACACAAGUCCAUCGUCGAGGCCCUGUCCAAGAUCUUCCCCGCCACUUCCUCAGCAGACGAAAUUCUGCCCACUUUGAUCUACGCCCUCAUCACGAUGCCUCCUAUAUACCUGAACGUUAUCAGCGAUCUGCAGUUUAUCCAGAGGUUCCGUGGCUCAAGUCGGAUGGACGGAGAGACUGCCUAUUGUCUAGUCAACCUCGAAGCAGCCAUCUCGUUCUUGGAGACGGUCGACCUCUCAUCACUCCGAGCUGAAGAGCCGACUACACGUGAUAGGUCAAACUCACGGCCAUCGACGCCCAAAACAGAAAUCACCCCUAUGGCGUUGGGUCUGGCACAGGCACCAGAUUUGGUCCAGAUACCAGCCACCCCAACCUCACCAACUGUCGCGAGAGAGCCGUCGAGUCCUACCACUACCAAAGCUCAGCGCCGCUUGAGUAACCUCAUCCAAACACAUACAAACAGAAUCGAAGCGGCAUCUGAUGCUGUCCGCGACUCCAUACUCGAUUCAGCCGAUCAAGCACUGGGCAGGAUCAAUACCACACUGGAUACCAGCUUCAAAUUCUUCUUUGGGGGACCGCGCGAAAGAAAUCCCAACGGACCCAUACCAGAACGGCCCGAGUUGCCAAAAACACUCGAGGACGCCAUGAAGCUGGUCGGCUCUCCCACCCGCUUAACCCACGAUGACGACAUGCUCAGCAUCAGCGCUGCAAGCUCAGUACAAGGUGAUGACCGACCGGAGAUGCCUGGCAACAAAGAUCUCGGGGCGAAGAUGACGGACCUUUUCGCUGGUAGGAGACAGAUACGUGACCGAAGUGUGGAUUCGACACGCUCCGGGACAAGCAACGCCGGGAGUGGGAGACGCGUUACCCUUCCACCUACCACAGUCGAAGAGAAAGCCCCAUCACCAGUCCCUACCAAAUUCGAGCCUCCAGCGCCUAGUCCGUCGGCGCUCGACUCUGUCCGCAACAUGGGCAACAGCCUCAACCCCCUGAACCGAUUUGCGAGCAUCAACGUUCUUCCACGUUUCGGACGCGCAUUGAGUAGCACCAGCACGCCUGUUCUCCCAUCACCUACUGUCGAGAGCAAAGCAUCAUUCUUUCCAGAACCACUGAGUCGGACAGGGACGGGCGACGUGACGGCAGUAGAUGACAAGGGAGCGAAAGCACUGGCUGCGCUAGAGCAGUUGAAGAAGACGACGCCACCUAUGAAAAAGUUUAUGGAUACAAAGGACGCGCAGGAGUUGAAGUUGAAGGAGGUUGAUGAGCUGCUGAAGGAUUAUCAGAGGCUGGCUGUGGCGAUGAGAGGCGCUAUUAACCACUGAAUUUGGAUUGUUUGCUUGUUUGAUUACAUAGAAGGCGUGAUUGGGACGGGAUCUGGAUAGAUGGUUGUGGGCUUGUUGGGUAUUUGCAUGCGUCUUGGGCAUUAAAUAGACGGAGCGUUGAUAUAUAUAUAUUAGAUGUUGAGUGAGUCUGGU